GCAUAGCCUCCAUCUACCGGCCGUUGAUCCAGCAGAAGCCGCUCCUCUUCUUCUACUUCAUGACGGUUUUGCUGGUCCUGUCAAUUGCCUUGAUGAACCUCGUGACAGCGAUCAUGGUGGAAGGAGCACUGGCCAUUGCUGAAGAAGACAAGGAAGUUCGCAAGACCUAUGAGCAGGCCUCGG